UCCAAUCAGUUCACACAUGAACUUAUUUUAGUGUAUUUCGAUCUAAUUGUUAGUUCGUUAGAUGUUUUAUAAUCACGAAAUGUUAUGCGUUGUUUUAUCUACGAUUCAAUCCUUAUUCAAUUAGAAAUACGAUGAUAGAAAAACAGUGACUAUUUGUUGAUCCUGCAUGCUGUGCACUGCAUCAACGUCCUGCCUAAUAUAUUGCACCACAUUUUUUCUUACUUUGCUAAACACAUUGUGUACACAAUAAACAUAUAAAGAACUAUGGCUGCCUACAUCAAUCGUACAAUGUCCAUGAUUGGAGGAGACAGCCACAUGAGAUCUACAGAUAUAAGAACUGAUAAUUCUCCCCUUCAGAUUUUUGUUAAGGCCAAGAAAAAGAUUAAUGACAUAUUCGUGGAAAUAGAAGACUAUGUGCAGGAUACUGUGGGAUUUAUGAAAUCACUGCAAGGUGAGGGCAACAUUGUCACACUAGAAGAAGCUCACAGAAUUGCAAGUUAUGUUGAAAAAGUUCAUGGAAUUAGAGAUGUACUUCAGCGGGAUCACAUGAAAGUUGCCUUUUUUGGAAGAACUAGCAAUGGAAAGAGUACAGUUAUCAAUGCAAUGUUGCGCGAUAAGAUUUUGCCUAGCGGUAUAGGACACACAACAAACUGUUUCUUACAAGUGGAAGGUUCAGACAAUGGAGAAUCUUACCUCAUUACAGAAGGGUCCACUGAAAAACAACCAGUUCAGUCAGUAGGUCAAUUGGGUCAUGCUCUUUGCAAAGAGAAACUUUGCGAGAGCCAUUUGGUUAGGAUAUUUUGGCCAAAAGAAAAAUGUUUACUAUUACGAGACGAUGUAGUAUUUGUUGACAGUCCUGGAGUUGAUGUGACACCAAAUCUAGAUGAAUGGAUUGAUAAACAUUGUUUGGAUGCAGAUGUUUUUGUUCUGGUAGCCAAUGCUGAAUCUACUUUAAUGGUUACUGAAAAAAACUUUUUCCACAAAGUAUCUACAAAAUUAUCUAAACCCAAUAUCUUUAUUCUGAAUAACAGAUGGGAUGCAUCUGCUUCAGAACCAGAAUUUUUUGAGCAGCUGGUCAAAGAGCAAAAAGAGGUAAGGGCACAACAUCAAGAACGAGCUGUUGACUUUCUAUCAAAAGAGUUGAAAGUGUACACCCCUAAGGAUGCUGAAGAACGUGUUUUCUUCAUUUCUGCGAAAGAAACGCUUCAAGCUCGUAUGCAGGAACAGCGUGGUCAACCUGCUCACAACGGUGCAUUAGCAGAAGGAUUCCAAAAUCGAUACUUCGAGUUUCAAGAUUUCGAACGCAAAUUUGAGGAGUGUAUUUCAAAGUCUGCCGUGAAGACUAAAUUCGAACAACAUUGUCAACGCGGGAAACAUAUUGCCACGGAAAUUCGACAAACGCUAGACGACAUAUUAAACAGAACACAGGCGAAUAAGAGCGAACAACUGCACGUUAAAAGGGGAGUUCACGACAAAUUAAAUUUCACGGAACAACAGUUGAUGCUAUUGACUCAGGAAAUGAAGGACAAAAUUCAUCACAUGGUGGAAGAUGUAGAGCAAAGAGUGUCUAAAGCGCUGAGCGAAGAGAUUCAUAGAUUAAACGUACUUGUUGACGAAUUCAGUGUUCCAUUUCAUACCGAAUCUUUAGUUCUAAAUGUAUAUAAGCGAGAACUUCAUACACAUGUGGAAAAUGGCUUAGGUUCUAACUUAAGAGCAAGACUCAGUACUGCAUUAGCACUGAACAUCGAAAACUCGCAAAGAGAAAUGACAGAACGAAUGGCAACUUUAUUGCCGGAUUCCAAACGGCAAGUGUCGAUGAACAUUUUACCAAGAAGGGAGCCAUUCGAAAUUUUGUACAGAUUAAAUUGUGAUAAUUUGUGCGCAGACUUCCACGAAGAUCUAGAGUUUCGAUUUUCUUGGGGACUUACAGCUAUAAUUAAUAGAUUUGCAGGGAAAAAGUGUCACAGAUUAGCUAUUGCGAAUUAUCCGCAAGAUAUACCACCCGCAAUCAUGUCUCCCGCAGAAAGCAUAGACUCUGUGAAGUUUAUAUCCGGUACUCCAAACUUUCCAGCGAGGUCUGAUGAUUGGUCAUUAGCUACGAAAAUUGCAAUAGCGUCUAUAACGUCUCAGGGUACCAUGGGUGGUCUCAUAGUUGGUGGUUUCAUGUUGAAAACUAUUGGUUGGAGACUCAUAGCUGUAACUGGUGCUAUAUAUGGUGCUUUGUACUUUUACGAGAGAUUAACAUGGACUAACAAAGCGAAGGAACGCGAAUUCAAACGUCAAUACGUAUCUCACGCUACGAAGAAAUUAAAGUUAAUUGUGGAUCUAACAUCUGCGAAUUGUAGCCAUCAAGUGCAACAGGAGCUCUCCAGCACUUUUGCACGUCUGUGUCAUUUAGUAGACGAAACGACGUCCGAAAUGGACGUCGAACUAAAGAACAUCGCAAGUAUGAUACGAAUACUCGAGGAAGCAACCAGUAGCGCUAAAGUAUUACGAAACAAAGCUAACUAUUUAACGAACGAACUCGAACUAUUCGAUGCAGCAUAUUUAAAAUCGAUAAAUUAAACAUUAGGUCGUUAUUAGGAAGUGAUAUGAAUCAUAAAAUAUCGAUGUAGACAGCAUCGUUAACUGUUUUGGGAAACAUGUCAUCGUAUGAUUCAAUCAUUAAAUCAGCCGAUAAUAUUACAUACCAAUAAUGAAGUAUAGAAGGAAUGUUUGUACAACAAAAAUACAGAAACUCUAGUCUUAGUGCAGGCAACCAGAAAUUUGUGAAAAUUCGUCGUUCGAGCUUUUAAUGAAACUUAUAUACCGGUAAUUUCUUUCUUUUUUCUUUUUAGAAGUAAGAAUUAACACGCAAAGCCUUACAUGCAUAGUUUGCUCACGAAUUUUUGAAUCAGUUUUUUUUGUUUUUAAAGAUUUCUUUCGAAACGGAUCAUGACGACAAUUUUUUCCGAAUAAAACUGCGAUCUUUUUAACAGAAGCAUCGCGUCAGAAGUGCAUAAACAAUUGAUUUCUGUCCAAAUCUAUUAACAGAGACGAAUGAAUUUUAUUUAUGUAGUGAAUGAAAUAAUUCAACUAUUAGAUUUAUUAGAUUAUAUUUAUAAACAGAGCUUAUGUUACUAUAUUAAUAAACGGUUGUUUGUUUAAUAA